AUGGAUCCCCCCGCAUCGCCCGACUCAAUUUCCAGCCCUCCAGCCUUCUCGUUGGGCGAAACACUCGCCCCGCCUAAUCCGGUAAGAUGUCCGCGAUCGGCAGGGUCGACCCCGAAAGCCUUACCACAGCGGGCAUCCACACUGGCGGAUACGAAGUCAACAUCCGCUCGAGGUCUAAUUCAUGGGCACCACCAAAUUCUCAACGCUUGGAGAAAAGCCACAGAUUCACAGAUGAGACGGCCACUGCUUCAUCCAUCUCUCAUUCGGAAGGGUCCCGUCACUCUUGACACUUUCUCCCUACGGAAUGGCGUGAUUCCGUCCGUCCAUACACAUGUCUGUGCGGGACCAGAUUCUCUUGGCGGAUGGUUUGGCUCAAUAUACAGGCGAAUCUCGCUGGAGUCUCGGAGAAACCUCCUUAGCAGCGUGCUCUGUGGCCAAAACCAGCUAGCUGAUCCCACCUGGCACGUCCAACAGAGUUCAGCCUGCGGACACUCGGCGCCUGGACUCCCCCUCGAGAGGUACUGGAAGUCCGAAAUCUCGAAUCCUGGUCGCUCAGUGCCACUGUCGUCGGUCAUGUUCGAUUCGAAAUCGCCAAAGCGGGACCGGAUAUCCACUCACUGGUAGGUGAAAUAGGAGACCAUCGGUUCGGAUUCAUGUGGCUCUAUGUUAACUAUUUGAAAUUUCUUCGCCACUUCAAACAAGAUAUUAAUCUUUAGCCACGGACG